UCCAGCUUUUUCGGCUACACCUCAAUCUUGUGCUGGGUUGUAGUCCUGCUUCCUCAAAUCCACCUCAAUUACAAGCGCAAGUCGUGCGAUGGAAUAUCCCUGACGUUCUAUCUUAUGUGGUCGCUCGGCGAUUUGCUUAAUUUGGUGGGCGCGGUGAUGGGGAAUUUGAUUAUCACAGCCGUGCUGCUGCCGCUGUACUACAUCUUGACGGACGGCAUAAUCAUUUGGCAGUUUUAUAGUUACCGUAAUAACCAUCCACGCCCGGACGGCGAGCUUGAUGGCGAGGCUGACGAGGAGAGCUGGCUGAUUUUGCACCCAUCGCCAGAUCAAAGCAAUUGCGACAACAAUGAGCACGCAAUUUUUUUGACGAUCUGCUGCCCGCACUCAGCGCUGAUUGGAGCAGGCCUGUUACUUGCCAGUGGCUUUACGCUCUACUAUUGUUCCGCUUACUUGGUAAGGCCAAAAGCACUCUUUUUUAUAAGCGUGCGCGAUAUCGGCCAGCUCUGCGGAUACAUAUCGGCAGUGGUCUAUCUGGGCGCGUACAUUCCUCAGCUCGUCAAGAACUACCGGACAAAGUCGACUGAGGGCCUGUCCAUGCUAACCUUUGUCUUGGUAAUAUUGGGCAACGUCACAUACUGCCUGUCGAUUCUCACAUUACAGCGGCCGACGCGCGAGUAUCUGGAAAAGUACGCGGCGUGGCUGCUCGGUGCAUCGUCGACCAUUUGGCUGGAGUUGGGCAUACUGUACCAGUUCUACAUUUACCGC